AUGCCAUCCAGGAGGAAAACCUCCAUGUUUGCCUCUGCUUUUUGCACCUGUGUGAGCUCCUUGGUGGUGACCUGCGUGGUGCUGGCCACGCCGCAGUGGGUGAGCAGCGAGGUUCGCUUCUCGCGCACCGGCACCGCCGUCACCGUCAGCCUCACCUACGGCCUCUUCAGUGGCACCUGUGAGCAGUUCGUGGAGGCAGGACUCCAGGUGUCCCAAACCAACUUCCAAGUCUCAGAGGCCCUGAGCAGCAGCAGCAGCAGGAGCCUGGUGGUGGCCACCAUCGUGGUGCUGGUGCUGGCCCUGCUGAGCUCCCUGCUCAGCGCUGGCUUCACCUGCACCAACGCUGUCAGCAACCCCUACCAGACAUUCCUGGGACCCAUCGGAGUCUACACCUGGAAUUCCCUGUGUGGAGUCCUCACCCUCAUAGCCAUGAUCCUUUUCCCUGUGAACGUGGAAGGGAACAGCCUGUCUGAGGAGCUGGCCCACAGCUGUUCCAGCUCCCUGCAGACACACCUUGGAUCCAAACACAACUACGGAUAUUCCUACUGGAUCAUGCUGCUCACCCUUUUCCUGAACAUUGCUUCUCUCAUCAUCAUCUACCUCUAUGACCACGCCAGAUAUUCCAAGAAGAAAGAGCAGGAAAGGCCCAUAGAGAAUGCACCAAAGGAUGUUAUUCUGUUUUAA